CUUCUGUAGCGUACGUAGAAGCGUCGGCCCCCUAAAACCGCCUGGAAACCGACCCAAGGCGACUUUAAACUGCUCCAGAUUCUGAAUACAUCAGCCGCCACCCGGCCAGCACUCUCGAUAAUUAAUGAGAAGAGAAGCUGCUAUUAAAAAAUCGUGACUGUUCCUUAAAUUUUAGCUAAAUUAUCAAGAGUUCUCUUCUACACUUGUGGACUCUCAGCACCAGGUCAAAACGAAAAAAAAGAAAAAUGAUUUAGUCCUGCCGAGCGAACGAAGGGGGAAGCGUAGUAGCAGGGAGUCCUCUUGUUCCCCAGCUUGCUGGUAGCCUCCCUACCCAGUUACCAGCUCUCCCCCGUCUUGUGUCCCUCUCCGCUCGUCUCUGUCAACUCGGCUCAGUCAGUAGUUUGGCAGGCUAGCACGGAGAGACGAGGGCUGCUCCCUUUCGCCUCUGCUCGGUCUGCUCGGCUCACCAACACCACACAUUCCGCACCAUGGCUGCCACGGACGUUGACGUAUUUUCGAACGAAGAGAAGCGUAACCUGAGUUUGGGCGGCCAUGUUGGAUUUGACAGCCUCCCUGACCAACUUGUCAGUAAAUCGGUCACACAGGGAUUUUGUUUUAACAUUCUCUGUGUAGGGGAGACUGGUAUUGGCAAGUCAACAUUAAUGAACACACUUUUCAACACCAUGUUUGAGAACGAAGAGGCAAGCCAUUAUCAGAACGGCGUGUAUCUGCGGCCGCGAACUUAUGACUUGCAAGAAAGCAACGUCCACCUCAAACUGACGAUUGUUGAUACUGUAGGCUUUGGUGAUCAGAUCAACAAAGAGGACAGUUACAAGCCCAUCGUUGACUACAUCGACACUCAGUUCGAAAACUAUCUGCAGGAAGAGCUGAAGAUCAAACGCUCGCUGUUUAACUACCACGACACCAGGAUCCACAUCUGUCUUUACUUCAUCGCCCCAACAGGACACUCCCUCAAGUCUCUGGACCUCGUCACAAUGAAAAAACUGGACAGCAAGGUUAACAUCAUUCCCAUCAUUGCCAAAGCAGACACCAUCUCCAAGAGUGAGCUCCAUAAAUUCAAAAUAAAGAUUAUGAGUGAGCUGGUGAGCAAUGGUGUCCAGAUAUAUCAGUUCCCAACAGAUGAUGAAGCCGUCAGUGAGAUCAAUGCCUCCAUGAACGCCCAUCUGCCAUUUGCUGUGGUCGGGAGUGUGGAAGAGGUCAAAGUGGGGAACAAAACAGUGAGGGCCAGACAGUACCCCUGGGGUGUUGUGCAAGUUGAGAAUGAGAGCCACUGCGACUUUGUAAAACUCAGAGAGAUGCUGAUCAGGGUCAACAUGGAAGAUCUGAGGGAGCAGACCCAUGCCCGCCACUACGAGCUGUACCGACGCUGCAAGCUGGAGGAGAUGGGCUUCAAAGAUACAGACCCUGACAGCCAGCCAUUCAGUCUUCAAGAGACAUAUGAGGCCAAAAGGAAAGAGUUCUUGGGGGACCUGCAGCGUAAGGAGGAAGAAAUGCGACAAAUGUUUGUCAACAAAGUAAAAGAGACGGAAGCUGAACUGAAAGAAAAGGAGCGAGAGCUGCAUGACAAGUUCGAGCAGCUGAAACGGAUGCAUCAGGAGGAGAAGAGGAAGGUGGAGGAGAAGCGGAGAGACCUGGAGGAGGAGAUGAACGCCUUCAACAGGAAGAAGGUGGCAGCCGAGACGCUCUCCUUAUCUCAGCCCCUCAAGAAAGACAAGGACAAGAAAAAUUAAUUUAUGGGCGCUGUAUACCCUCCCACACACGACCAUGGAUUUGUCCUCCAUCACCAUUGCAGCGACAACAUCUGUUUAUUUUUGUUUGUUUGUUUGUUUGUUUUUUUGUUUUUGACAUUCCAUCUUGACAUUUUUCACAUGGACCAAAGACACUGAGGAUGAUGAUGAUCACAAUGAAGCCACAGGGGAGCAAAGAGUGAAAGAUGGUGAGAGAUAAUAAGGAAAAAUGUUCACUGCGCCAACAGUGGCCAUCUCAUUUAUUCAGGAUCUUUCAUUCUUUGUUUGUUUUGGACACUUUUUAUAUAUAUGCAUUUCGUUUUUCUGUGUUGUGAUUUCAAGAUUUUAUUUUUUGUGUUUUACCAUCAACUACCCACACAGAAUCAAGAAGUUAUAACCCUUCAACAUUUUGACUUUUUGGUACUGCAGUGUAACACACCAGAGUAAAAUAUUUGAAACUAUUCAGUAUAUAUUUAAAAAAAACAUUAGGAUGGGCUUGAUUUUAUAGGACUGACGUUUAGAUUGCAGAUAUCAGCGAAAUCAAGUCUUUCCUAAAGUUUUUUUUUUAAAUAUUUUGAACUGUUUGAAGUAUUGUCCAGGUGUGGUGUGUCUGUUAACCUUUUUGUAUGAAACUUUAGAUUAAAUACAUUUCACAGUAGAAUAAAUCCCUAUAUAUCGAAUGAGCCCAAAUAAUACGUAUAAAUAGCAAUAUGUCAAGCAAUAAAACUGAGUACCUGUAUACUGUAUAUAUUACUGCAUAUACAUAGGUACUGACAACCUAAAACUUAGUCUUAAAUCAUAAUAAGAACGUAUGCAAUAUUCUGGUGCUGUUUUAUAUUAACUCAAUAAAUGUAUGUGAAUAUUUUCUUGAGCUUACCCAGCCUAAUAUGCAAAAUGUACUAAUUUUUGAAUACGGUGUGUGAGAUGCACAUAUGACGGUGUACAUUGUCCAUAAGUGAUGUAACUUUAUUGUAGACAGUGAGUGAUCGCCUUGAUUUGAAUAUUGUGACAGUGGACACACUCAAACAUGAAGCCAGUAUGUAUACACACACACACACACACACACACAAACACACAGGAUGCAGGAAAACAUACUUGCCUCAGCUCGCUGUAGAAGAGUUUACACUCACGGAUGGAGACGAGAGCAGCUGUAUUUACUGUCUGUCGUUGGAAAUAAAUGCAACCCUCCCCCUCA